AUGCUGCUGCCCGAGGCCGACCUGUGGGGCGCCCCGGCCGAGGAGGAGGACGCGUUCGGCCUGGGCGGCCCGGGCGGCCUGGCCCCGCACGCGGUCAUCCUGCAGGACUGCAUGUGGAGCGGCUUCUCGGCGCGGGAGAAGCUGGAGCGCGCCGUGAGCGAGAAGCUGCAGCACGGCCGCCCGCCCGGCCCCGCUGCCCCGGGCCCGGGGGCGCCCCCCGCCGCCCCCAGCGCCGGCCGCGGGCACAGCGCGGGGGCCGGCCGCGCCGGGGCCGCGCUGCCCCCCGAGCUCGCCCACCCGGCCGCCGAGUGCGUGGACCCCGCCGUGGUGUUCCCGUUCCCGGUGACCAAGCCCGCGCCCGCCUCCCAGGCCGGGGCCGCUCCGGGUGCGGGGGGCGCGGCCCCGGCCGGCGCCCCGAUGGCCUCCCUGUCGCGCCCCGGAGCCCGGCCGGCGGGGAGCGGGGACCCCAAGGCGCUCAGCACCUCCGGCGAGGACACCCUGAGCGACUCCGAUGACGACGAUGACGAAGAAGAGGAGGAAGAGGAGGAGAUCGACGUGGUGACGGUGGAGAAGCGGCGGUCCUCCGCCCACAACAGCAAGGCCGUCACCACCUUCACCAUCACCGUGCGCCCCAAGAGCGCAGCCCCGGGCCCGGGCAGGGCCCCCCCGCACCCCGCGGGGGACCUGAUCCUCAAGCGCUGCGUCCCCAUCCACCAGCAGCACAACUACGCCGCGCCCUCGCCCUACGUGGAGCCGGAGGAGGCGCCGCCCCAGAAGAAGAUCAGGAGCAGCGAGGCGUCCCCGCGGCCCCUCAAGGGCGGCGGCGGCGCCCUCCCCGCGAAGGCCAAGAGCCUGAGCCCCCGCAACUCCGACUCGGAGGACAGCGAGCGCCGCCGCAACCACAACAUCCUGGAGCGCCAGCGCCGCAACGACCUGCGCUCCAGCUUCCUCACGCUCAGGGACCACGUGCCGGAGCUGGCGAGGAACGACAAGGCGGCCAAGGUGGUCAUCCUGAAGAAGGCCACCGAGUUCGUGCACGCGCUGCAGGCCGAGGAGCAGCAGCUGCUGCUGGAGAAGGAGAAGCUGCAGGCCCGGCAGCAGCAGCUGCUCCAGAAGCUCGAGCUGGCGCGGACUUGCUAA